GCCCGGCGACCGUCGAACGCCCUCCUCGCAACAAUGGAAGCGCCCCCCGGAGUCCACGAAAGCGACUCACGAGCAUCGGUCGCCAUCGCCGUCAACAGCGUCCUCCUGUCGAUCCUCUUUCUCGCCGUUGGGCUGCGGACGUACACCAGGUUCUGCAUAUUGAAACAAGUCGGAAACGACGACUUGGCUGCCAUCGUUACCUUUUUCUUGGUAUUCGGUUCUAGUUUCGCCGCCGUGUGGAAUGUAAGAAAUGGCCUCGGCCGCCACAUUUACUUUCUUUCGACCAACGAGCUCAUGGAGUACAUGAAGACCUUCUACACAUCGAUAGUCCUCUAUAACGCUGCUCUGGGUGGCAUCAAGAUGACCUUUCUUCUCCAAUACUACCGCGUGCUGGCCGUGCAAAAGAUGAAAAAGGUCUUCAUAGGCGCGAUGAUCAUCAGCGGAAUGUGGUCCGUGUCACAGAUUUUCUGCGCGAUCUUCACCUGCACUCCUAUUCCCAAAUUCUGGGAUCAGUCCAUCCCGGGGUACUGUAUUCCUAACUACCCUUUCUGGUACGUCAACGCGGGUGGCAACAUCAUUACCGAUCUUAUGGUUUUGAUUCUGCCGCUGCCGGCCCUCUUCAAGUUGAAGCUGCGCCCCGGACAGAAGUAUGUCCUUGUCGGCAUUUUCUGCCUUGGUUUCUUCACAUGCGCCAUCUCGGUCAUUCGCAUUCGUUUCCUUCGCAUCGAGGAGGACCCCACAUGGGAGAACGUCGAAUCGUCAGCCUGGUCCAUCAGCGAGCUCGUCAGCGGCCUGACCUGCGCCUGCCUCCCUGCCUGCCGCCCCCUUGUCUCUCGCUUGGUCCCUGCCCUGGCCUCCCGCGCGACCAAGUCCUCAGGUUAUCUUUCGUACGGGAUUAGUUCCAGGAAAGGAGGACGCGCACAGCAGCAGCGCGACGUGGAGAUGGGCACAUCAGUAAGCCGAAACCGUCAGGUCAACUUCAGUGUCAGCCGCCGCACACAAUCCUCGGAUAGCAAGACCGAACUAUACGGCCUAGGAGGUUCCAGCAAAAGCCAAGAGGACUGGAACAGAAAAGAGGCGCUUCCUAUCCAAGUCCCCUCGCCUCUCGACAGGUCAAGGAACAGGGCAGAAAAGAAGUCACCGCCAAUUUCGCGGCAGGAGUCCGUUAGGGGUGGCGGAUACAUGUCCGGCGAUGGCGCGGCGGUACAGACGCACAUCGAAGCAAAGCUAAGGGUCCCCCAGGGCGUCCAGCUGAAGGACUCUAUCGAAAUCACUCAUGAUAUUGUACAAGUAUCGUCGCCAAAGGUAGAGAACACCGGCUUUGUUUGACGCAAAACGUCUGAUAAUUAUGUCACGUAUUAUUUAGCUUAUAUCCAGUUUUUAACCUCGCAUAUAUUGGGGUGCCAUCUCAAAUGUGGAGAUGUGCAUGCCCGAGACCUUGAGCAUCGACAUAGCAGGAUGCUAUAUUUGUCUGAAACUGGCGAACUGAUUGAAUGGAGGGU